AUGACGUCGAGGGACGGCGAGGAGGUGCGCGUGGACGAUGUUACGGUCGGCCACAGCCACGAGGCCACACGCCCACCACGGCCAAGCCUCGACAGCCUCGUCGACGGUAGCAUACCACAACCAUCAUCCACCGAGGCGUCCAGGGCCGGGUCGCAUUCACCAGUCGACCGACGCCGCGGCAGCCAACACCGCAAGACCGUGUCAUUGACCAGCCCACCCCCGCCGCCAAUCGACUUCAACCCCCCACCAGACUUUACCUCUGACACACUCCUGCAUGGCAUCGAGACGCCGCUCCCACCCUCGUCGACCACGACCGCCGCCAACAGCACUCGCACAAGCCCGGCCGUCUCGAGCCCAACCGUCGUGGCCAGUGUCUUGGUGGACGAGGUGCCGGUAAACAUGCCGCCGCCGCCAGUCACGCUGCUCGCGGGAGAGCAGCAGGCGUUGUCGCAACAGCGGCCUCACAUCCGUGCCAUCCAAAGGCUGUCGAGCGAGUCGGUCCACCGAUCCACCCAGUCGUCGUCGACCCGCUCGACAUCGAGCCAAGGCGGCCACGGAGGCAGUAGUCCGUCGGAUGGGAGUGAUGUCCUCGCCGCACGACGAGACGAGCUGGUCACCCAGCUGCUGUCCGGCGACAGUGCAGAGUCGAGUCAACGAACGUCGACGGCAUCGUCUAGCCCCACAGCAGAGACGACUCUGGAGGUCCAUGUGAUCAACCCGACGCCCCCGACCACCACGGUGCCGCUGACGGCAGAUGCCCUGCGCUUUGCGGCUGUCCAGACGGCCCAGACUGCUGGAGAGGGUCGGCCUCCUACGCCACACCGUCGGUCAUUGUCCUCGUCCUCGAGUAGCAACAGGCCAUCUGAAGACGCGGCAGCACAUGCCUGGGACAGCGUGUGGCCGGCCGCCAACGCUUCGCACCGUGUAAACUACCCGCCAGAGACAAGCAGCACUCGCUUUCCUAGCGCUCCCAUGUCUCCCUAUGUCACGCCGUCGUUCUCCCCAGCCGUCAUCCAGGCGUCGGCGUCGGCUUCUCGCCGUCUAUCGUCAAACUCCCCUCCCCCAUUCGAGACACCCCUGACAGAACGCCCCGGAUCAGUCGGAGGGCAAUCCAGUUUGUCCUCGACGUCGGUGGCUCACCGAAUGCUGCCCCAGGGGGGUGGUGGUGGAGGACAAAGGUAUAACACACCUUUGGACGCACAGCUGCUCAACCCUCCCCGGUCUCCUCGUCCGACAUUGGGUGCGCUCAACUCGGACGGUGCAGCGCUGCCGUCUUCUCCCGGCGGGUUGGGUCGGACACGAGCCAUUUCAAUUACCUCGUCGCCCGGUCCUAGUCGCGCCGUGCUCGGAGCGUCACCACCAAUUACCUCCAUCCUCACGCCAAGUGGCCGCCCCCGAGGAGAGCGCUCGGGUUCCUUUAUCAACCAGUUCCCCGAGCUCGCGCCACCGUUCAUCUCGCGUCGCGAACUCUCCAUACGGUCACCACCACCAAUAACGCGCCGGCUAUCAGAAACCGCUGUUAUUCGCAGACCUGAUGUCCCGUCGCCCCUCCUGUCCACCCCACCCCUCCACCAUGGCGAGCUGGAGCCGCCGCGCAUCGACAUGAGCGGUGUCGCCAACAUUAUUGCUCCAACACCAACACUGCGGCCCGAUGGGCCCCGCCGCGCUCGGUCCGCUCAGGAGGUCCCCCAUGGCGUCGCUUGCCGCGAGCUGGCCGCCCCCGCUCUUAUUUCGCUUCCUGCCCCUCCUCCGUCCACCCUACCAACCGACGUGUCCCCAGCGGCCGACGGUGAAUCUGAUACGCCCCGGCGUCGCCAGUCGGAUGACCGGCCGAACGACUCUCGCACCGGCUUUACAGACGAGCUCGUCUUUGAGAUGGACGAGUACGCCAUUGCGGACGACGAGGACGACGAUGAGUCCGCCACCCCAACACGGCCCACCCCCAACCACGACAUACCCUCACUAUCCUACAACGCUCUGUUCCCUUCUGGCUCGCCGCCGCCGCCCACCUCGGUGUGGACGGAGGCUACGGUCAUGCCAGGGGGUCUCGUUGACGAAGGCGACCUCCUACCGACCAAUGUUGAAGUCCUCCACGACAUGGAUGUCACCUUUGACGACGAGGGGCUCAACACCUUGGAAAGGAUAUUCCUCCUCAGCAGGAGCGAGUAUGCGUUCCACCGCGCCUACGUCGCGAGGGUUCUCGGCGACCUGUUGGGCGAUGUCGACCCAUGCGAGUCGGUCGAGUACGUCCUCCCACUCAUCUCUGCAUUCUCUCUCGACGAAGACGAUACUGUCAAGGAGGCCUUCGCCGCGGACCUGCAUCGUAUAUUGUGGUACUUUUUCACAACGUGCCUGCUCGUCGACAACACUGAUGGCUCGGAACAACCGAUGCCAGACGGCGAGGUAUACGACACCCAUACCACGGGUCCUAGCCCAUUGCCCGAGACGGUCAACCAGUUGGAACACCACCACUCGGCUCCUAUCGAUCUCCCCACCACACAGCGCGUUCCCGACGGCCAGGUGUUUGGCAGCAGCCCAAGUCGAGACUCGAUCAAUUCGUCGUCCACACAUUAUGGCACCAGCUCAUCGGCGACCCACGGCAUGGACACGCCGUUGACCAGUGUCUCCAUGUCUGGGACGUCAGGAGAAGAGGCCUUUCAACAGUUUGUGGAAGAAGAAGACGACGCUCAAUUCGAUGAGGACUGUGCCGACGAAGCCGACAAGGUUUGGAACGAACCGGGUGGCGCUGUGGAGCAUGACGACACAGACUCGUCGCAUGUUGUUGGCGCCCCCGUUCUGCAUGUGGGCUUUUUCCGGCCACUGUUGGGUACGAUGCUUCUCAGCCACAAUCCGCAGGUGGCGAAUCCCACGCGAGACGGCAUCAUUGCUCUCGUUGCUCGCUUGCGCUGCCACGGCCCGAUUACCGUCGAGACAUGGGGUUCCACAGCCGAGACCUGCCAGACCCGACAAACGUUCCUGUCUCAGACUGGCCCGCACGAACACGACCCACUGUCGUUUGACGAUGACGCACGGUUGCUUGUCGAACAGGAGAUUCUGUACGGAAUCGUCCUGGGCAUGGGCAUGCUGUCGACGGAUGUCGCCGACCACAUCAUGGACGGCACUGUCGAGAUCCUCCGGGAAGACGGGCAGGAAUACGACCUCCAGCUGCAGCUCGAGCAGGAGGCCACCCUCGGUCGCGCGCUGUCGCUGUCGCUCAUCGGCAGCAUGUCGGAAUUCUACUCGCCGGAAGAAGUCGUGCACUAUGGCUUUGUCGACGAGGUGAUUCGUGGACUGGACGGCGACGUCUCGACGCGCGCCGAGGCGGCCUUGGCGAUGGGUAAUGUGGCCAAGGGCGCGACCCUCGACCAGCUCGACCGGUUGUUGGGUGUCUUUGACCAGUUUGCCAACGACCCCGACCCGCAGGUCCGCCAGUCGGUGUGCGUCGCCCUUCCCGCUCUGUGCAAGCGUAUCCCCGACGAGAGGCACCGCCGCGACUUUGCCGUGAGCGUCAUGACGGCGUUUGUGGCCGACGUCGAAGACGUGCGGUGUGCGGCCCUCGAGGUCCUCGGCGAGGUCAUCUAUACCUUUGUCAAGGACUCCCGCGGACCGCCCAUGAAGCUGCUGGAAAUCUACCUCAACGACAAGGAUUCGACAGGCGCCGACUGCGACUGGGACAUUCUCGCGAGCUUCAAUUUCCCCGGUGUAUGCCUCACGCUCGGCCCGGAUAGGUGGGACGAGAUCAGGAACCUGUUCCACCGUCUCGUCGACCGCGCAGGUGACCGCGUCCUCCGCACCAUUGCCGCAUUCCUGCACGAGCUGGCCAACAUUCUGCGUCCAGAGCAAGUGGCCGAGGACGUGCUCCCCGUCUACCGCAGGUGUCUCGAAAGCACCGACAUUGUGCGCGGACGCAUCUUCGAGCACGUCGACGUGGUCAUUGCACACCUCCCGCUCCCUGUCGCGUGGGAGUGUUUCUGCCAGCUGCAGGAAAUGUGGGACAAUGACACGCUCGGCGGGUGGCGCGCCCGCGAGCAGAUUGCACUGCAUAUCCCCAGCUUCCUCGAGACGUUCCGCUCGCAGGACGAGGUCGUUGGUGUGGUGGACAUGGCCAAAAAGGCCCUGCUCGACCGCUUCGCCGCCGUCCGCGACGCCGCGACGUAUGGUGUCCCGCUCUCAUACGAGAUUCUCGGCCGCAGCCACUGCUCCCAGAGCAAGAUGUGCGAGCUGCUCCUGGACCUCAGCCUCAGCUCGGCAUACCGCCAGCGUCUGACAUUUGUACGAUGCCUCCGCGAGUUCAUCCGCCCACCGCCCAACCGCGAAGCGUUUGAAAAGUUCUUUGUGCCCGCGCUCCCGCGACUCACGCAGGACAUUGUCGACGUCCGCAUCGGCCUCGCGCGCGCCAUCGGCGACCUGUUCAUCGUCGGCGCGUUCUACGGCGACCAUGCCGUCCCCGUGCCUCUGGCGAUCAAGAGCGUCGCGUCCAUGCUCGCAGAGGACGACAGCCCCGAGGUCCGCGAGAUCAUCCUGCGCAUCGGCGCCGACCGGUGGACCGAGCAGUUAGCCGCGUCCGCACUCGUCGAAGCGCACCGCAACUCGGACGAGCCCCAGCUGCUCGCCGACACCGUAAGCGAGGCCCUGGACCAGACGGGUCCGGGUAAAGUGGCCGAAGACAGCACGAUGGGCAUGCAUGACCGCGCCGACAUUCCGUCACCCGUCGCGACGGCCAUCCCGCCCGAACUCCAGCACCUCCGUGGCGAAGACGACGAGGACGACGUCGACACGGUCGGGCUCGUUUCGGACCCGUUCGAGCUCAGUUUCGCGGCGGCAGCGAGCGCGCUGCAUGGCGUGGAUGGGGACGGGGAUGGGGAGGCGGAUGGGGAGGCGAAUGGCGACGAUGCGCGGUGGGCGGAGAUCAAGAAGGGCGUGGAGGACGAGGCGCGCGGACGCGCCGAGGAGGCACGAGACGGGGUGCGGGAGGGAUGA